AUGAAUGCCAUUAUGACAAGGAGUGGGAAGAUUCUAGAUGAUGGUGCUAAAGCUAGUAAGGUUUCCGAGUCAAAAGGGAAAGAUCAAAAUGGGAUCGUUGAGUCGAAUGACGAUGAUGCGGUAGAAGAGGAGCCUUACAUAGAUGAUGUGAAUGAUGCUCCAAAGCCAAAAGAGGCUACUCUUCUACCUCUCCCCACUCCUAAACUUCCCUACCCCCAAAGCGCAAUCAUUCUUAAUCAAAUUCCCCCCAAACCCAAGGUUCCGGGAAGUUUUUCUAUCCCAUGUGCUAUUAAAGCCCUUGAGAUUGGGAAUGCCCUAUGUGAUUUAGGGGCUAGUGUUGAAGAUGUGCCAUUGCGAGUAGGCAAGUUCACCAUCCUCGUGGAUUUUGUGGUACUCGAUAUUGAUGAGGACGCUCAUGUCUCAAUCAUUCUCGGGAUACCAUUUUUGGCCACGGCGGGGGCUAUUAUAGAUGUUAAACAAGGAGUGAUCACACUUAAGGACGUCCUUGAUGAUCUUAAGCAACAUGAUGGUAAGGAAGCUCCCAAGGUUGAGCUCAAGGCUCUACCUUCGAGCUUGAGGUAUGUUUUCCUUGGUCCCAACUCUUCCUACCCCGUCAUUGUUAAUGCUAGUCUUGAUGAUGAGCAAGUCCUUAAGCUCGUCCGAGUUUUGAGGAGGCAUCAAAGUGCUUUGGGGUAUACCAUUGAUGAUUUGAAAGGCAUAAGCCCGGCACUUUGCAUGCCCCACAUCGAGCUUGAGGACAAUGCCAUCCCACAUCGGGAAAGACAACGCAAGCUUAAUCCACCAAUGGGUGAGGUGGUUAAGAAAAAAACUGUCAAGCUCUUGGCAGCCGGGAUAAUCUAUCCUAUUUCCAAUAGUAGAUGGGUAUCCCCGGUCCAUGUUGUCUCCAAGAAAUAUGGGAUGACGGAGGAUGCCAUUCGGGCUUUGCAAUGCCCCGGGGACGUUCCAAAGAUGCAUGAUGAGUAUUUUGGUCCCAUGCUCGAGGAGGAAAUGGAAGUUUUCAUGGAUGACUUUUCGGUGGGUGGUGCCACCUAUGAAGAGUGCCUCGUCAACCUUGAAAAGUGUCUAGAGAGGUGUGAGAAGGUUCAAUUUAUGCUUAAUUGGGAAAAAUGUCACCUCAUGGUGCAAGAAGGGAUUGUACUAGGGCAUAAGGUCUCACACCUUGGUAUUGAGGUUGAUAGGGCAAAAAUUGAGGUUAUAGAGAAGCUCCCUCCUCCAGUUAAUGUUAAGGGGAUCCGCUCCUUUCUUGGGCAUGCUGGCUUUUAUAGGAGAUUAAUUAAUGAUUUCUCGUUGAUUGCUAGGCCCCUUACCAAUCUCCUUCAAAAGGAGUGUGAUUUCCAAUUCGAUGCCGCAUGCCUCAAAGCUUUCAACACACUCAAGCACGCCCAAAUUUCUACUCCUAUUGUGCAAGCCCCCGAUUGGUCCCUUCCUUUUGAAUUGAUGUGUGAUGCUAGCGACUAUUCGGUGGGUUGUGUCCUAGGCCAAAGGAAAGAUAAGAAUCUCCAUGUGAUAUAUUACAUGUCCAAAACUCUCAACCAAGCCCAAUCCAACUACACUACCACCGAAAAGGAGUUUCUUGCCAUUGUACAUGCCUUUGAGAAAUUUCGGACCUAUUUGGUGGGUUCGAAGACUAUUGUGUACACGGUACAUGCGGCAAUCCGAUAUCUCAUGGAAAAUAAGGAGGCCAAGCCUAGACUAAUUCGUUGGGUGCUCCUCCUCCAAGAGUUCGACAUCGAGAUUCGUGAUAAAAAAAGGAGCCGAGAAUGUGGUAGCCGAUCAUCUCUCUAG